CAGGCCCCCUCGCUCGCCUCCUCUCCUCCCCGUCCCUCGCUGCUUCCCCGGGCGCUGUUUGUUCAACACGGCCAAAAUCCUUCCCACACCGAGAUCCGCUUCGCCCUGCGGCGGCAGCGGCCGGGACCGGCGGGUCUGACCGGGAGCAGAGGCGGCGGCACCCGGAGCUCGGAAGGGGCUCCAGCCCAGGGUGCCAUCAGCGCGGCUGUAAAGCUGUUCCCGAGGCCAAGCUCCUAAAUGCUUUGCCAGCACUCCUGAUGUCUCGAGAGCAAGGCGCUGUUUAUUCCACGAAGAGAGAUGCCGGCUGUGAGCAGGAGGACAGUGAAGUCUGCUCCAUUCGUGGGGUUAGGAAGGACCCCCACAAGGGCCGAUCAGCAAUAGGGAAUACACUCAGAAGAUUCCUGGGUGAACGGUUCAGGCGCCAUCCCGUGGGCACGGCGGUGCUGAUUCUGCUGCUCCUGGUGCUGGUGCUGGCUUUGGGGGCGGCCUUGGCUGUGCAGUCAGGUAAGGGAGGGGCAGCAGCCUGGGCCCAGCCCCUCGGGGCAGAGCGGGCUCCCUGCUCCCUGCACAGGGCAAUCCUCAGACCUUCUCCUCUUCCCCCUGCAGCAGCACCACAGGUUCCAGGUACACCUGCGACACCGCUGUUGGUUCUGGGCUGUCCCUUUGACUGGAUUGGGUACAAGGGUGUCUGCUACUACUUCUCAAGGGAUUACAGCACCUGGGAUCAGGGCCAGGAACGGUGCUCCAAGCUCGGGGCCUCCCUGGCCAUUGCCAAGGAUGAGGAGGCCAUGGAUUUGCUCUUCCGCCUCCGCGGGAACGACGAUUUCUGGCUCGGGCUGCGCAGACGGGCGAGCGCCUGCACUGGGGGGACGGCAGCAGCUACAGCUCCCGGGGAAUCCUGUGAAGACAGCUGCUCCUCUGGGAUUUCAGUGGGCAAAGGUUGCUGUGGUGUUCCAAACCUCAGAUUCUAUCCAGGGUUCCUGUCUUUGGCAAUUCCCAGUGUGUGUACCUGGCUGACGAGAGAUUCAGGAGUGACAACUGCUCCAGUGAGCGCCCGUAUCUCUGCAGCAAGGCCCAAGCUCCCCUGUAACAGGGGCUGCACAAAGCACCUUCUCCACGCUGGGCAGUGCCAGCUUCACCUCUGAGCCCGGCACGGGGCUGUCCUUCCUCAGCUGCACCCUGUGCCUUGCACUUCCUCUCAGGCUCACCUCAGGGCCUCUUCAUCCCCAGUGCCAACGCUGGGCUGGGGCUGCAAAGGAAAAGUCUCUGCAAUCCAUCCUGCCCCCGAUGCUGCCUGCAGUGAGUGCAUU